GGUUUUGAUUACACAAAAUCUAUGAAAAUUGCUUGAUUUACCUCUUUUUGGUCAUAUUUCAUCAUAUUAUUUUAAAACUAAUAGAAGUUUUUAUACAUUAAAAGAAAUAAAUAAUUUAAUUCUUCAACUUAGCUGUCAAGAUUUUAAGCAAACAACCGCGAAACGCGCACAAGAAUCUCAAGUACCGCAAUUUCAUUCUGCUUAUCAUCUUCUUGUGUGUUUGUCAGGUCAGUUCAGUGGUGGAGUUUGAGAGUGAAAUAUAAAAGUUUUUCCAAAGUUUUUCAGCCCUUGGGAAAUUCUCAGACCUGCUGAACUUUUUAUUUGAGUGAUAAUGUAUCGUCAGGCAACAAUGCGUCUCUCGGGCACCAAUUUGUGCGCCCUAAAGUCUACUCUGCAGAAUCAGAGAAAUUACUUGUUCACCACCCAAUUGCGCCGGAAGUCAUCCACUCCAAUCAACACAGUCAUCAUGUUUGUGCCACAGCAGGAGGCAUGGGUCGUUGAAAGGAUGGGGAAGUUUCAUCGAAUCCUGGAACCAGGGCUCAAUGUUCUUCUUCCGAUUGUGGAUCGUGUCAAGUAUGUGCAGAGUCUCAAGGAAAUUGCAAUUGAUGUCCCAAAGCAGAGCGCUAUUACUUCCGACAAUGUCACUCUCAGCAUAGAUGGGGUGCUGUACCUCCGAAUUCUGGAUCCCUACUAUGCUUCCUACGGUGUGGAAGAUCCGGAAUUUGCCAUUACACAACUAGCACAAACAACAAUGCGUUCCGAAUUGGGUAAGAUGUCCCUGGAUAAGGUGUUCCGUGAACGAGAAUCCCUCAAUGUGAGCAUUGUGGAUGCCAUCAAUAAGGCAGCCGCUGCUUGGGGUAUAACAUGCCUCAGGUAUGAGAUUAGAGACAUAAAACUUCCAUCGCGAGUGCACGAAGCCAUGCAGAUGCAAGUGGAGGCGGAGCGAAGGAAAAGAGCCGCUAUCCUGGAGUCUGAGGGUGUUCGGGAGGCUGACAUCAAUGUGGCAGAGGGUAAGAGGCAAUCACGUAUUCUCGCCUCCGAGGCUGAACGCAUGGAAACGAUUAAUAAAGCAAACGGAGAGGCAGCUGCUCUACUGGCCAUUGCUGAUGCACGAGCUCGUGGCCUUCAAAUGGUGGCGAAAUCCCUCAUGGCCAAAGAUGGCAAGAGUGCAGCUUCCCUGGCUAUUGCUGAACAAUACGUGGGUGCUUUCCAAAAUCUCGCACGUCAAAAUAACACCCUAAUUCUGCCCCAGAAUGUCGGUGAUGUGUCAUCCCUCGUGGCACAGGCAAUGACCAUCUACCAAACAAUCCAGACUAGUGCAAAUGGGAAUGAUGUUACAAGGAAUAUCACCAAGAAUGGCAUGAAAUACGAUGAUUUCCCCGGAAAAUCCGAUGAUUUACGAGCUGACAGCCUUCCCGGAGACACAGAUACGGACCCGAGGAAGUCACCGCAGAAUCUGGCCAAGUAAAUUUGACUCUAAGUCGUGCUCCUUAACUUAAGAUUCAAUCAAUAGUGUAAAUAUAAAUGAAAUGCAUUUUCUAUAUAAAAAUUAAAAGGGGGAUUUUAGCUUCAAGAA